AUGGCUAUUUGCCAAAACGUCGAAACCUAUGCCGCUGCGCAAACAUUCUUCUGGACCGGUAUGAAUGGUGUUGGUUACGUUCUCAACGUUUUCAUGGCCGAUACCUCGACACUCAAGAAUCGCAUGAUUUUGUUUGGCUUCACAUCGACGCCUUACGUCUCGAACACAUUCGCUGGUCCCGCUGCCGCUCAGGCAUUCCUCGAAGGGAGCACCUGGAGAUGGGGAUAUGGUGCUUUCACUAUAAUCAUCCCGGCAAUUGUCGCGCCUCUGAUUAUCAUCUUCACAGUCCAGAUGAACCGUGCGAUCAAGCAGGGUCACUACGUGAAGAAACAGGAGAAACGCACCUUCUGGAAUUCGAUGAAAUAUUGGGCCAUCGAACUUGACGUCGCUGGUAUGCUACUUGUCGUUGCCGGCUUCUCGCUACUCUUGCUGCCUUUCAGCUUGGCUGGAUACCAGGCCCACCAGUGGCGUGAGCCCAGAAUCAUUGCCAUGAUUGUCCUGGGUGGACUGCUCUUGAUCGCAUUCCCCUUCUACGAGAAACACAUUGCCCCCAAGUCAUUCGUUCCCUUCGACCUUUUCGAGAACAGAACUGUUCUUGCAGCCUGUCUUCUGGGAGGAAACAUGUGGAUCAGUUUUUACUGCUACAAAGUCCAGUUCUCGUCCUACCUGCAGGUGGUUUAUAAUCUCAGCGUCUCUCGCGCCGGCUUCAUCACCAACAUUUAUAACAUUGUUUCCUGCGCUUGGGCUAUUCCAGUCGGACUUCUCAUGCGCUAUACCGACCGAUACAAAUGGCUUGGCUUGGUCGCGGUUCCUCUUCAAAUCUUCUCAACCGGUCUGAUGAUCAAGUUCCGUAUGCCCGAUACUAGCGUCAGUCUGGUUAUCAUGUGCGAAGUUCUCGGUUCGCUGGCCGGCGGUACCAUUGUAAUGGUUGAGCAGAUUGCCGUCAUGGCCUCCGUUCCUCACCGUGACGUCGCCAUUGGCCUCGCCCUGCUUGCGAUGAUUACUAGUGUUGGUGGCGCGAUUGGUUCAUCAAUAAGUGGUGCUAUCUGGACCAAUUUGAUGCCGUCCAAACUGGCUGACUACCUCCCGGAUGAGCUUAAAGGCGAGGCGCUUCUCAUUUAUGGCGAUCUUACAAGACAACUUAGCUAUGAAUGGGGAACUCCUGAAAGAGAUGCUAUUGUACUCGCCUAUGGCGAGACACAAAAGAUCAUGAUCAUCGCGUCUCUUGUGGCGCUGGCUGGGCCGAUCGUUUGGGUGUCGUUAAUGAAGAACCAUAAGUUGAGCGAAAGGUCCCAGACAAAGGGAGUCUUGUUUUGA